AUGGAAGCACACAAGAGCUCGGUGGGGGUGUUGGCCGGAAGAGGCGGGCUGCCCAAUACAAUUCUCAUGGAAGACGCACAGCGUCCUGCUGCAGCACAUGUAACCAGCAGCGGAGAAGAGGCUCUAAAGGACAUUCUGUGCGGAUCAACGGCCGGAAUCGUUGGCAAGUACAUUGAGUACCCCUUCGACACGGUCAAGGUCCGUCUGCAGUCACAGCCUGACACGAUACCGCUCCGGUACACUGGGCCGCUGGACUGCUUCAAGAAAUCACUGCAGCACGAUGGGUUUCUGGGAAUAUAUAGAGGCAUUAGUGCGCCUCUGGUUGGGGCUGCGGUGGAAAGCAGCACCCUAUUCUUCAGCUAUCGCAUAGCGGGGGAUGCUCUAAAAGCCUCAGGUGUAUACCCAGAGUUGAAGAGGCACCCUGAACGAGACCUGCCCUACUCAGGCAUGCUCUGGUGCGGCAUGGUCGCUGGAGCAAUCACUUCGUUGUUCCUCACCCCCAUUGAACUUGUUAAGUGCAAGAUGCAAGUCCCUGUAGAAAGCCCUGGCACUGUAGUUGCUACUCCAACAAUUCGAGGGGUCAUUGCCUCGAUCUAUCGCCACCAAGGUCUUUCCGGCUACUGGCACGGUCAGCUGGGAACCUUGAUUAGGGAAACAGGAGGCGGCGCGGCAUGGUUUGGUGGCUACGAGGGCAUGAAGAUCAUCUUCAAGGGAAUCAACGGGUCGACCAAAGACGAGGAUCUCCGUGUGUGGCAGCGCAUGGCUUCCGGUUCUGUUGCUGGUGGCGCAUACAACUUUAUGUUCUAUCCUGCCGACACGAUCAAGUCGCGAAUGCAGACAGAAGACGUCAAGCACCUGACAGGCGGAAAGUCGAGUUUCACCGCAGUAGGCAAGGCGCUGUGGAAACAACACGGCAUCAAGGGUAUGUAUCGCGGAUGCGGUAUCACAGUUGCAAGAUCGAUCCCCAGUUCUGCUUUCAUCUUCACUGUGUAUGAGGAGUUGAAAAAGCGAUGGCCCAGCCGCGGGGCUGCGCUCGAGAAGAUUGCUCUAGACCCCAAAUACCACGAUGUCCUCACACUAGUAAAAGGCGUGAGGAACGGUAUCGUGUAUGGAAGUAAAGUGCGAUUUCCACACGCACUCGUAAUGAUCUUCCUCUUCAGAUCAGGAAGCUUCCGCUCCAAAUGCCUCCUCGUCUACAAAGCAACCCGCCAACACGCCCGCAACCUCGGCCUCUUCGCCCUCGUCUACAAAGCCACCAUGCUCCUCCUCCGCCACACCUCGCCCAACGGCAAAGAGCGCCAAUACGACUCCUUCCUCGCGGGUCUCCUCGGCGGCUACACCGUCUUCGGCCGCACAAUCCACAACUCCGUCUCCCAGCAAAUCGUCAUCUACGUCGCCGCUCGCGUCUGUCUUGCCCUAGCCAAACUCGCCGUGCAGCCGCGUGAAGUCUCCGCUGGAGCUGGGGCCAAACAUGGCGGAGUCAAAGGCUGGGAGUUGUUUGGAAACGGGGAGAUGAGGCGUGCGCUUGUGCGGAAUGGAUGGCCGGCUUUUGCGAGUUUGAGUUGGGCCAUGGUUAUGUAUAUUUUUAGGUGGCAUCCCGAGAGUGUGCAGAGUAGUCUGAGGAGUAGUAUGAGUUAUAUUUAUGUCCAGUCGGAUGAGUGGGAUUCGCUACGGACGCUUUUGUGGCAUAAUAAGUAA